AUGACAGAAUUUGAAGUAAAUUUUAAAGUUAAUGGAAAGUCGCUAAAAUUAAAGCUGCAACAAAGCGAAGUGGAACUUUACAAUAAAUUAAUAAACAAUGAUGAUUACAGCAAACAGUAUAUAAAACUCCUGGUAAAAAAUAGAUUGUUUAUAUUAGAUGGUGGUCAAGAAAUUCUGGAAAUAUCUCGCAUAAUUGAAAAUAAAGAACAGCUAAUAUUCCUUAAUAAUUUGGACCACAGUAUUCAAGGUCAGCUAUUAACUGGGCAUAAUAAAGAAAACGAAAGUACACGUUCACAAUUUGAAUCGGAAGAGCACGUUGACAAAAGUUGCGUAUCAUAG